CUACGCAGUUGAUUGCGCUUCUGUUCAAAAUUAGCGAAAACUGUAGCUAUAAGAAACACAGGAUAAACUUAGCAAACAAGGAAGCUUUAAAACAAAAUGAAAAGCGUCCACGGAAAAAAAAACAGCAUACAGAAGACGCCGAUAAGCUUUUUUUCUUAAGGAAAUUAAUAUUGCAGACAUGCAGUAGUGGGAUUUGUAAUGAAAACCGGAUGUCUGUUAUUUUCACCAACGCAUUAUUAUGAUUAUAUGCAGUUUUGUUCAUUUGUUUGGCUGAGUACCGACCUCACAGAAAUAUUUGCUUUAAUCAUAGUUAUUAAAGGAAAGGUACGCCAGCUGAAAUACGUAGGCCCCUUUUAAAACUACAGAGCAGAACGGAAGAGAGCAGCGGCCUUAUGCAAUCCUAAAUUAACACAACCGAAUAGUAUCACUGCAUUUAAUUAAUUUCACCGUCAAUGGUGAGCGGAUUUAACACAAACAAGUCCAGAUAAGAACAUGAGACAACCAGGAGGGUCUACUGGCUCAGCUUGGGGAGUAUUACGUAACCCCACAUGGACGUCAUGAAGUGGGUAACCCAGAGCCAGGCCAGUCGGCUUCUGCAUAACAAGUUUGUUGUGGUGCUGGGGGACUCCAUCCAGCGCUCCGUUUACAAGGACCUGGUCCUGCUCUUGCAGAAGGAUGCCUAUUUAUCCCAGUCUCAGCUCAGGAAUAAGGGGGAGAUGAGUUUCGAACAGGAUGCCCUGGUGGAGGGUGGUCAGCUGGAGACGAUGCACAAUGGCACAGGGUACCGGGAGGUGCGGCAGUACCGCUCGGACCACCACCUGCUGCGUUUCUACUUCAUUACACGCAUUUACUCCUGUUACAUGGAGAGCAUCCUGGCUGACCUGGAGAACAGCCUCAAACCGGACGUACUCAUACUCAACUCCUGCUUGUGGGAUGUGUCCAGGUAUAGCCGGAACUGGGCCCCAGAUUACCGGGAGAACCUCCAGAAGCUGUUUUCACACUUGAAGAGGGUCCUUCACCCGGAAUGCCUUGUGCUCUGGAACAUGACUAUGCCUCUGGGGAAGAGGAUCGUCGGGGGUUUCCUCGUGCCGGAGAUCCAGGACUUGGCGUCAAUGCUGCGCCACGAUGUCAUCGAGGCCAACUUCUUCAGCGCCACCCUGGCGGAUGCCUACGGCCUGGAUGUGCUGGACCUGCACUUCCACUUCCGCUUCCUGCUGCAGCACCGUGUCCGGGAUGGCGUGCACUGGAAUGCCCUCGCCCACCGGCGCAUCAGCAGCCUGCUGCUGGAGCAUGCGGCGCAGGCCUGGGGCGUGGAACUGCACCAGCCAGGCCAAAGCACGGACCCCGGUGAGACCGCAGGACAGCAGCUGACCAUUACUGUACUGGAUACGCCCCGUCUCACAUCCCUGAAGGACCCAGGGUCCCAAAGUGGCUCCCGGGGUGUAAAGCGGCAUGUAAGAGCCCCACCUUCCAGCAGCAGCCAGCAGACUCACGGCCCGACUCGGCACUCUGGAUAUAAGCCACAUCCUUAUAGAGGCUGGUCGCCGUGGCAGCAGUCCAGCUUCAUGCACGGCAACAAUCGCUAUGCCGGCCCAAUCCAAUUCUUCCAGCAGAAUCCCGCCCCCCUUCUUUUCAGCUAUGCCGGUCCCUGGAACCCAUACCCUCCUGCAGCAGGUCUCCCGCCCGCCAGGCCGGCCCCUCAGAUCAGCUCUUGUUUCCCGAGGAAUAGGGCGGAGGAUGGCUAUGUGAUGAGGAGGCAGCGUCAGGCCAGGACGCCCAUCUCCCCGUACGCUCGCCGCAAGGCCCGCCCCGGCCACAGAUCCUGAGUGUUCGCGUCCGCUGCUGUUUCCGCCGAGUCACGUCCGGCUAUGCGGGCUGCGCCAUGACUAAGCUGUUCUACACUAUGACUAAGCUACACUCCUUACCCAUCUAAUGGCCAUACAUGGAUAACAUAUCCCAGUUAUACUAACGGAAUCCUAACAGUGUUCGGUUCUCUUUCUUAUUCCUGUGUGCCUCCAUGUUUUCAGGACACAAACUGAUCCCCCCCCCUGGUGGUUACACCCCUUUUACGAACAAUACUUGAAUCUUUAAUCGUUUAUUUCGGUCAGGCACACUGAAAAUGCCUAUUUUAACUCUUGUCUCUCUACUGUGCUUUAUGCUUCUUCUUUUUUUUUUAACGCUAAAUGGUUCUUAAACUAUUGAUCCGGAGCACCUUCCGGAGAGCCUGUGUUAGUGUCGUCUAAAUAAAGUAAAAGGAAUUA